AUGGCAAACAGUUAUGAUAUACCCAGUUGGGCUGGCAAACCGCCUACUGGGCUGCAUUUGGAUGUGCUCAAAGAUGACAAGCUGGUUCAAAAACUUAUGGUUGAUGAGAAGCGUUGCUAUUUGUUUGGCCGAAAUAGCCAAAUGAAUGAUUUUUGCAUAGAUCACGCCUCCUGCUCGCGUGUACAUGCGGCAUUUGUCUACCAUAAACACCUGAACAUUGCCUUCCUCGUUGAUCUCGGCUCCACCCAUGGGACAUUUAUUGGCACCUUACGCCUGGAGGCACAUAAGCCAACACAGCUGCAGAUCAACAGUACGUUUCACUUUGGGGCCUCUACACGGAACUAUAUACUGCGAGAACGUCCCUCAGCGGGUGGUCAGCAUAGUAAUAUUAUGGAGGAUCUGCCACUGAGCGAAACGAGCGACGGCGCCUUGCUAGGUUUGCCCGAGAGUCAAACAGAGUUAGAUAACCUGACCGAAUAUAAUACGGCACAUAAUCGUCGUAUAUCUAUGCUGGGAAUUGCCGAUGACAAUAAUUUGCGCAAACAGAAUGCUUUGAAACAGGGACGCAAGAGACGAAAUGUCACCUUUAAUGACGAGGAGAUCAUCAUAAAUCCCGAAGACGUGGAUCCCAAUGUGGGACGAUUUCGAAAUCUGGUCCAAACGACUGUAGUGCCAGCCAAACGUUCACGAUAUGAACCAAAUCACAUGGGUCUACAUACGGGCAGCAGCAGCGCAGCUAAUGCACAUGCCAACCAUCAGAUGUUCCAACAGAGUAUAGUCGAGAUGAAGCAACAACAGCAAAAUCAACAUCAACAGCAACACCAACAGCAGCAAUUACCUACAACACCCCAAGCCGCUACCCACUCGCCUGUUAAUUCGUUAUAUCAAGGACUGCCAGCAAGUAACUAUGAUCAUAAAGGCAACAGCGAAUUUGAACCGAUUUCCCCGCUGGGCAUUGGCUCAAAACUGGGUCUGAUGUUGCCGAAUCCUGCUCCAGAUGUAACGCCCAUAUAUGAAGAGCCAAUGAUUCCCAGCUCGUCUAUAGCUCAAAAGUUAGCCAUGGCCAAUGCGAAUGUACGUCGCUUUGUGGAUGAUGUGCAUGAAACAAGUGGCGAGGGCGACUCCAUGUGUCCGCAAAAGAAGAAAUAUGCCAAGGAGGCGUGGCCUGGACGCAAACCCAUGCUGGGGCAGUUGUAAGCCCUAUCCCGCAAUC